AUGGCUGUUGUGGCUCUCGUCUUCGUGGCCAGCGCCUUGGUGUAUUACACCUUCCGCGCCGCCGUCAAUUUUUACAGUCGAAAGGCAAAAUGCAAGCCCGGCUUCGCUAACGAUGGGUUAUCCGUGUACCCUCACAUAGACCCCUUUUGGGGACUGGAUCUAUCUCUAGCCAUGUGGCGAGACUAUACCCGCGGUCGUCUUGCUGAGGGCAUGCGUUUGCGACAUGCACGCUGCGGUGCGACGUUCAAGGCGCGCGAGCUCUUUGGCGCCGAGUGCAUAUACACCGUCGAUCCCGAAAAUAUCCGGGAUGUGACGACGAUCCAGUUUGCGCGCUUCCAAAAGUCGGCGUGGGUUGACGAGGCGUCCAAGCACAUCGGCCACGGCGUACUGAUGAACGAGGGCGCGGCGUGGCGGCGCUCCCGCGCGCUACUCAAACCCGUCUUUGCCAAGACGACACUGGACGAGCUGGCCCUCGUCGAGCCUCACGUGAAGAACAUGAUUGCGGCAGCGCGGGCGCAGCAGGGUAAGACGCUUGACUUUUUGGAUCUGGCGACGCGGUUCUCCCUCGACGUCGUGACCGAGUUCCUCUUUGACGGCUCCGUGAAGAGCUUGUCCGGCGCGGGGGACAAGGCGGACGGUAGCGACUUCCUGGCCAUGGUCAAGGCAUUUGAGCCGGCCUGCGGGCUCUUCAUCGCCGUCGGCGGGCUGGCCUGGUUCAAGCUCGCCUUCUCGUACCGGAAGCUGCUCGCCGUGGUCGGCGGCAUGAAGGCCUUCUUCAAGCGGCGUCUGGACCUUCUCCGAAAGAAGCAACGAUAUGCACACCGCGAUGACGUCGGGUCUCGCAAGAGCAGCACAUCACUCUUCCGCAUGCUGGAACAGGAGGGCCUCUCGGUCGACGACAUGCAGGCGGAGCUGCAAAACAUCUUCUUCGCCAGCUUCGACACGACAACGUCGCUGCUUGCCAACCUCGUACACGUCAUUGCCGGCCGGCCUGACGUUCAGCAGAAGUUGCGGGACGAGAUUGCGCCACUCCGGGGCACCCCGCCCACGAAGCAAGACAUCUCCGCCAUGUCGUAUCUUCGCUGUGUCUUAUACGAAGGACUCCGUCUCUACACGCCCGUCGCGUCGCACUCACGACAAGCCGCCGUCGACACCACGCUGCCCCGUGGCGGAGGCCCAGACGGGCGCUCCUCCGUGGCCGUGCGUGCGGGCACGUCGGUGGUCUGGAGCGUGUACGCGCUGAACCGCGACCCGAUGCACUACGGCGAGGACUGGGCCGCGUUUCGCCCGGAGCGGUGGGCGGACGGCACGCAUUCGGCGUCGUCGGCGCCGUAUUUCAUGCCGUUUGGGUCCGGCCCGCGGGCAUGCAUCGGUCAGCAAAUGGCGCAGACGGAGAUUGCGUACGUGCUGGUGCGGCUGCUGCAGGCGUUUGAGACGCUGGAGAGCCGGGACGAGCGUCCGUUUCGCGAGGCCGAGGCCGUGUCAUUCUACAGUGGGAAUGGAACGUGGGUGGAAAUGUCAUAA